AACAGCUUGUUUCCAUUCUCCAUCCUACGACAUUGGCAUUCCCAAGUCAAUAAUCAGUAUUUGUGAAUUAUGUCUUCCACUGAGGAAGAUAUGGCAGACGAAAUGAUUGAUGAGAAGGAAACAGUCAUGCCCGAGAUCUACACUAAUGCAGCCAUGGCUGCCUUAUUCCCAAAAAUCCACGUCUUCUACCGCGCUCCAGACAAUGAAAUUAUUUCCCCGAACAAGCUGAAGCGCAUGAAGUUGAAAUACUUCAAAUCAGGCGUCGCCCAAGUCCGUCCCAGGCUGGUCGUGAAGAGGGGAUCCGGCGUGACUCUACUCGAGGCAAAGACCAUGCUCUAUCUGCAGGAACACUUUUCCGUCUCCGUUACGACGGUGUAUGCUGUGUGUGCACAUGGACACCAUGCGCACUGGAGUGGUGACCGGGAGUACGAUAUUUAUAUCUUUAUGGAAGAGGUAUCGGGGCAGGAUUUAGAUACAUGCUUGUUUACGCUACAGGUGAGGAGAUGCCUAAAAUUAUGGAUCAGUUAAAGGGGUAUAUGGAGCAGCUUCGCAAUCUUCCUCCGCCGGGGUACAUUGGGGGUGUGGAUUCUGCGCCUUGUGCGGAUUUGCUGGUUAUGUGUGCUUUGUGGUGAUGUAAAUUGGGUAGAGGCCCAUUCGCCUCCGAAGCUGACUUCAAUGCCAUGCUAAUCACUGCAUACGACAAAAUUGCCUCAGUGAUCAUACGUCCUCCAGGCCCAGUUGAACCCGUCCUAAACAAGCGUGUGCAUCGUACAGUGUUUAUGCAUGGCAAUUUCAGGCCUACUAAU